UGACAUCAGAGUGGGUUCCCAUACCAGGAUGGUGAGGCAUUGAGAGGAGCAUCCUGGGCGGGUGUGUGCGUGUCGGCGUGCCCUGCGUGGAGCAGGGAUUGCUGCACCCAGCGCCAGGCACCGGAGGAGGAGGAAUCCGUAGCAGAGAUCUGAAUAAUUGAUUCUUCAGCAGCACCAGACGCCGGGGAGCGGGCGGAGAGCGUGGUUUCAGCAUCAAGGUUGCGCGCCACCGCAGGCUCCCCCCGUCACCAGCCAGACACCUAGGUCGGCCUUGUUCCGCUGCCGCCGCUGCCGCCGUGCGCUCCAGAAGAGGGUGGCCGCGCUCCGCGUCGCCGCCUAGGGACUGCGGGGUCUGCCUCGGCCAGCCUCCGGGGUGGGCGACUGCAGGCGGACCAGAGCUCCAAAAAAACCGUCGGAUUGCGCGGGGGUUGCUGCGUUGCGUCUCGCUGGCUGAGAACAAGUCCUAAGUUGGUGUGGUGGGUGCAUCUGCUUUCCUUAUCCUCCUAGGCGACCGCAGCAGAAGCGCGCCCCAGGAUCCUGGCUUCUCCUGUGUUGUGAGCCGCGGUGGCCAGGCACUCUCCUGGGCUCCCGCUGACCAAGUGAGGAACCGAACGCCCAGCGCGGUGCUGGCCCCGCAGCGAAGGGCCCGGAGGGAGCUGCGGUCCUCCGCCCGCGCCCUUCUCGGCCAGGGACCGCGGGGAUCCCCGGCCACACGCGCGCGCGCACUCCCACACUCACUCACUCACACACACACAUACACACACACACACUCACACACUCACGCACGCCAAGCAGGAGCAGGACUGCGGAGAGGGUGUCCAGGAGCGCUCAGAGGACCGGCAGUCGCUGUCCGGAGUGGAACAGAAAGCUGAGCCAGGGCUCUAGAAGAGAGGCUCCUGAGGUGCUGUGCCUGAGCAUGGGGCUGGAUGAGGUCUGAGAGUCGCGGCGGCAGCAAUCAGCCCUGGAGAUGACCAGGGGUGGCCACUGCUGAGAACUAUGUGGAGAGAGGCUGCGAGCCCUGCUGCAGAGCCUCCGGCUGGGAUAGCCGCCCCCCGUGGGGGUGAUGCGGACAGCGCGGGACAGCCAGGGGAGCGCGCGGGGGCCGCAGCAUGCGGGAACCCGCUAAACCUGGUGGCUGCUGAGGCGGCCGAGAUGCUCGUGCGCGCAGCACGCCCCAUUGCAUCCUCCACCUUCUCCGGCUACAGGGACCCUAAGUGGCGACCAUGGGCAGAUUGGGCUACUGGACCUUGCUGGUAUUGCCGGCCCUUCUGGUCUGGCGCGAUCCGGCGCAGAACGCGGCGGCGGAGAAGGGUCCUCCAGCGCUGAACAUUGCGGUGCUGCUGGGUCACAGCCACGACGUGACAGAACGCGAACUUCGAAAUCUGUGGGGCCCAGAGCAGGCAACCGGCUUGCCCCUGGAUGUGAACGUGGUGGCGUUAUUGAUGAACCGCACUGACCCUAAGAGCCUCAUCACGCAUGUGUGCGACCUCAUGUCCGGGGCGCGCAUCCACGGCUUGGUGUUUGGAGAUGACACGGACCAGGAGGCUGUGGCCCAGAUGCUGGAUUUUAUCUCCUCACAGACUUUUAUCCCCAUCUUGGGCAUUCAUGGGGGUGCAUCUAUGAUCAUGGCUGACAAGGAUCCGACAUCCACGUUCUUCCAGUUUGGAGCCUCCAUCCAGCAGCAAGCCACAGUUAUGCUGAAGAUCAUGCAGGACUACGACUGGCACGUCUUCUCCCUGGUCACCACCAUCUUCCCUGGCUACCGAGACUUCAUCAGCUUUAUCAAGACAACAGUGGACAACAGCUUUGUGGGCUGGGAUAUGCAGAACGUGAUCACACUGGACACCUCCUUCGAGGACGCCAAGACGCAGGUCCAGCUGAAGAAGAUCCAUUCUUCUGUCAUCCUGCUCUACUGCUCCAAAGACGAGGCUGUCCUCAUCCUGAGCGAGGCUCGCUCCCUCGGCCUCACUGGCUAUGAUUUCUUCUGGAUUGUCCCCAGUUUGGUGUCUGGGAACACAGAGCUCAUCCCCAAAGAGUUUCCAUCAGGUCUCAUUUCAGUCUCUUAUGACGACUGGGACUACAGCCUGGAGGCAAGAGUGAGAGACGGUCUUGGGAUCUUAACCACUGCCGCAUCCUCCAUGUUGGAGAAGUUCUCCUACAUUCCUGAGGCCAAGGCCAGCUGCUAUGGGCAGGCAGAGAAGCCAGAGACCCCGCUACACACCCUGCACCAAUUCAUGGUCAAUGUGACUUGGGAUGGCAAGGACUUGUCCUUCACUGAGGAAGGUUACCAGGUGCACCCCAGGCUUGUGGUGAUCGUGCUGAACAAGGACCGGGAGUGGGAAAAGGUGGGCAAGUGGGAGAACCAGACGCUGAGCCUGAGGCACGCUGUGUGGCCAAGGUACAAGUCCUUUUCUGACUGCGAGCCAGAUGACAACCACCUCAGCAUUGUCACCUUGGAGGAAGCCCCCUUCGUCAUCGUAGAGGACAUAGACCCCCUGACUGAGACCUGUGUGAGGAACACGGUGCCCUGUCGGAAGUUCGUCAAGAUCAACAAUUCAACCAACGAAGGGAUGAAUGUGAAGAAAUGCUGCAAGGGGUUCUGCAUCGACAUCCUCAAGAAGCUGUCCAGAACUGUGAAGUUCACCUAUGACCUCUACCUGGUGACCAAUGGGAAGCAUGGGAAAAAGGUUAACAAUGUGUGGAAUGGAAUGAUAGGUGAAGUGGUCUAUCAACGAGCAGUCAUGGCUGUGGGCUCACUCACCAUCAAUGAGGAGCGUUCGGAAGUGGUGGACUUCUCGGUGCCCUUCGUGGAGACAGGAAUCAGCGUCAUGGUCUCCAGGAGUAAUGGCACUGUCUCCCCUUCUGCUUUCCUCGAACCCUUCAGUGCCUCCGUCUGGGUGAUGAUGUUUGUGAUGCUGCUCAUCGUCUCAGCCAUUGCUGUCUUCGUUUUUGAAUACUUCAGUCCUGUUGGAUACAACAGAAACUUAGCCAAAGGGAAAGCUCCCCACGGGCCUUCUUUUACUAUUGGAAAAGCUAUAUGGCUCCUCUGGGGCCUGGUCUUCAACAAUUCUGUGCCUGUCCAGAAUCCUAAAGGCACAACCAGCAAGAUCAUGGUGUCAGUGUGGGCCUUCUUUGCUGUCAUCUUCCUGGCCAGUUACACAGCCAACCUGGCUGCCUUCAUGAUCCAGGAGGAGUUUGUGGACCAAGUGACUGGCCUCAGUGACAAGAAGUUCCAGAGACCUCAUGACUAUUCUCCACCUUUCCGAUUUGGGACGGUACCCAAUGGAAGUACAGAGAGGAAUAUUCGUAACAACUACCCGUAUAUGCACCAGUACAUGACCAGAUUCAACCAGAGGGGAGUGGAGGAUGCCUUGGUCAGCUUGAAAACCGGGAAGUUGGACGCUUUCAUCUAUGACGCAGCCGUCUUGAACUACAAGGCCGGGAGGGAUGAAGGCUGUAAACUGGUGACCAUUGGGAGCGGGUACAUCUUUGCUACCACAGGCUAUGGAAUUGCGCUGCAGAAGGGCUCACCCUGGAAGAGGCAGAUUGACCUCGCUCUGCUCCAGUUUGUUGGUGAUGGUGAGAUGGAGGAGCUGGAGACACUGUGGCUUACGGGCAUCUGCCACAACGAGAAGAAUGAGGUGAUGAGUAGCCAGCUGGACAUCGAUAACAUGGCGGGCGUGUUCUACAUGCUGGCUGCAGCCAUGGCCCUCAGCCUCAUCACCUUCAUCUGGGAGCACCUCUUCUACUGGAAGCUGCGCUUCUGCUUCACAGGCGUGUGCUCUGACCGGCCCGGGCUGCUCUUCUCCAUCAGCAGGGGCAUCUAUAGUUGCAUCCAUGGGGUACACAUUGAAGAAAAGAAGAAAUCUCCAGAUUUCAAUCUGACUGGAUCACAGAGCAACAUGCUAAAGCUUCUUCGGUCAGCUAAAAACAUCUCCAAUAUGUCCAACAUGAACUCCUCAAGAAUGGACUCACCUAAAAGAGCUACUGACUUCAUUCAAAGAGGGUCACUUAUUGUGGACAUGGUUUCAGACAAGGGAAAUUUGAUAUAUUCAGACAACAGAUCCUUUCAAGGGAAGGACAGUAUAUUUGGAGACAACAUGAAUGAACUCCAAACAUUUGUGGCCAACAGGCACAAGGAUAAUCUCAGUAACUAUGUGUUUCAAGGACAGCAUCCUCUCACUCUCAAUGAGUCCAACCCUAACACAGUAGAGGUGGCUGUCAGCACUGAAUCCAAAGGGAACUCCCGACCCCGGCAGCUUUGGAAGAAAUCCAUGGAGUCUCUACGCCAGGAUUCUCUAAACCAGAACCCAGUCUCCCAGAGGGAUGAGAAGACUGCAGAGAAUCGGACCCACUCGCUAAAGAGUCCUAGGUAUCUUCCAGAAGAGGUAGCCCACUCUGACAUUUCAGAAACCUCAAGCCGGGCCACAUGCCACAGGGAGCCAGAUAACAAUAAGAACCACAAGACCAAGGAUAACUUCAAACGGUCAAUGGCCUCUAAGUAUCCCAAGGACUGUAGCGAUGUUGACCGCACCUACAUGAAAACCAAAGCAAGUUCUCCCAGGGAUAAGAUCUAUACCAUUGAUGGUGAGAAGGAGCCCAGCUUCCACUUAGAUCCUCCUCAGUUUGUUGAGAAUAUAACCCUGCCUGAGAAUGUGGGCUUCCCAGAUACCUACCAAGAUCACAAUGAGAACUUCCGCAAGGGGGACUCCACACUGCCCAUGAACAGGAACCCAUUACAUAAUGAAGACGGGCUUCCCAACAAUGACCAAUAUAAACUCUAUGCCAAGCACUUUACCUUGAAAGACAAGGGUUCCCCACACAGUGAGGGCAGUGAUCGAUACCGGCAGAACUCCACACAUUGCAGAAGCUGCCUUUCGAAUCUGCCCACCUACUCAGGCCACUUUACCAUGAGGUCUCCUUUCAAGUGUGAUGCCUGUCUGCGGAUGGGGAAUCUCUAUGACAUUGAUGAAGACCAGAUGCUUCAGGAGACAGGUAACCCAGCUACUCGGGAGGAGGUCUACCAGCAGGACUGGUCACAGAACAACGCCCUCCAGUUCCAGAAGAACAAGCUAAGGAUUAACCGACAGCACUCCUAUGAUAACAUUCUGGACAAACCCAGAGAGAUAGACCUUAGCAGGCCCUCCCGGAGCAUAAGCCUCAAGGACAGGGAACGGCUACUGGAGGGCAACUUGUAUGGGAGCCUGUUCAGUGUCCCCUCAAGCAAACUCUUGGGGAACAAAAGCUCCCUUUUCCCCCAAGGUCUGGAGGACAGCAAGAGGAGCAAGUCUCUCUUGCCAGACCACGCCUCCGAUAAUCCUUUCCUCCACACGUAUGGGGAUGACCAACGCUUAGUUAUCGGGAGAUGUCCCUCGGACCCUUACAAACACUCAUUGCCAUCACAGGCGGUAAAUGACAGCUAUCUUCGGUCAUCCUUGAGGUCAACAGCAUCAUAUUGCUCCAGGGACAGUCGGGGCCACAGUGAUGUGUAUAUUUCAGAGCAUGUUAUGCCUUAUGCUGCAAAUAAGAAUACCAUGUACUCUACCCCCAGGGUUUUAAAUUCCUGCAGCAAUAGACGAGUGUACAAGAAAAUGCCUAGUAUCGAAUCUGAUGUUUAAGAUCUUCCAUCAGUAUUUAUCUAUAAGGAAACAUAUAGAAUGGCCAACAUUAUAGAGGGUAAAUGUUGGAUGUCCGAUAGCACCCUACUAGGAGGAAGAGGGUACAGGGAGGUACUUUUUGUUGGCUCUUUUGCACAUGGCUCCAUGCCAUAAUCUUCCACUCAAGGAAUCUUGUGAGAUAUGUGCUGAGCACAGCAUAUACCACGUAGGUGAAUCCUUAACCAAAAACAAAUAAAUACACAUGGGCAAGUCUCCCAGACAUGGCGACUGGGUACGGCGGCAAUAAUGGUGCAUCAGACGGCGAUGGUGACAUUGUGGUUGCCUAUAUUCCAAAUUCCAUGAAGAUCAAUCCACCAUGUAACUUCCCCCAUCAGAAAUGCCUCACAGUUUCUCUAAUACAGAAUAAGCAAUAUGGUAUGCAUGUAAGUCUGACGCAGACAAUAAGACAGUUAAGAAUGCAUCUGCACUGUAGUAAGAUUGACAUGUGCAAGGAUUAAGAAGUUUGGCUUGUAACAGUUCUCAGAUUUCUUGUUAUGCCUUCCAUGACAACCCUGGAUCAGUCCCCCUUAAACUCCAGGUUCGCCCCCCCCCAAAGAAUAGCAAAUCAGCGUGUUUGUGGCACCCACACUACUUUCAUUGUAGGCUUCCCCCAAGACACACCUGGAACAAAUAGCCCCAGGGACUCUCAGGUGGAGAACUGUAAGAAUCUCUUUGGAUGUUAAUGUGUGUGUAUCUCUCACCCUCAGCUUCAUUGGUCUUGUUCGGAGCUGCAUAAACACUUUUAUGUCUUCGAUAUCUAAGUGUGGAUCUUCUGUCUAUGACAUAAUGGCUGUUGUAGUUAAUCUUGAAGACUCAUGUACGUAAGUCUGCAUUUCCUCCCUUCUGGUGAUGACUCAGGGUUGUAUAGUAUCUCUUACCUGACCCCUCCCAGAGUAACGUAACUUGUUCUGUCCCCAGACAGCCAUGAUGGUGUCUAACUAGCUGUGUGUUGUGUUCCUAGAGUUGUUAAUGUGGUGACAUGUGCCAGCAGCCAUGUGUAAUCUGUAAGAAGUCCCAUGCUAUCUGUGUGUCCAAGGCUAGCAUGGUUUUACAUUUAUGUCCCUCAAAGUCAGGAAACUCUUAGACAAUUAUUUCUAUACAAACCUCCUCAAAUCAAAAGCCUUCAGACAUCAGCCACUUGUGUGUCCCCCCCCAAGCACCCUUCCAACUGUGGAUAAACUCAGUAAAACAAGGGAUUUCUAUCCUCUGAAAUGUACACCUUCUUGGAGGUGAAUUUCUUCCCCAGCACCAACAGAAACCAAUGAGAAGUCUUCAACGCAUUUGUCAUUUCUGAGCUGCCUGCAUUGUCCUAUUCUUGGCCCACUGAGCCUGUGCAUAUAUGACAGAACAGAUACUCAUUAGAUUAAAAAAAAGAAAAACUGGAGCCAAUGAGGGGAAUAUUCGUGCAUGGAAAAUGUCUUAGCACAUAAUUUUUUAUCACAUUUUUAAAAAGGACUCAAAAGGUAGUUAUGAUACCUUAUUAGACAAGGACAUUCACAAAAGCAGAAAAUAAUAUGAAUUAAACAUUUUAUAUGCUUCUUUUCUAGCAAUUAGUAUAUUUCCAAUGCAUUAUUGUCCUUGAAAUAGCCAGGCUGCUGACCGUGGUAUUUCGCAGGAGACUUUAGUUGGUUGGGUAACUCUCUCCCAUGAAGGAUUCUAACCAUUUCUUGUUUUUCCUCUUACUGAAUCUUGGCUUGGGUUCUUGGAGAAAGGGAUCGCACGACAGGUUGAAAUUUCAUCCCUGUUCUUUUCUUCGUGGUGUUCUAUUUUAUAGGUGGGAUUGUCCAACUACAAGUUAAGCAGGGAAGGUUCUCUUAGAGCUUGGGGCUGCUUCAGAAGGAGCUAGCAGAGGGAAAGUUCAUUUGACCUACAGUGUUGCAGAAUGACAAAAAGUGAUGCAAUACACCGGAGGACCAGAGGUGGAGUGGCAGAGGGGGUGAGGAUCUCUCUUCCUGUGCUCUUGCAGAACACAGAAGGAGGCUGGGGUGGAGCUAGAGGGCUGAAGUCACAGGACUAGGGUGGAGCCAGCGGUCUGGGGCGGAGCUAGAAGGCUGAGGUCACAGGACUAGGGUGGAGCCAGUGGUCUGGGGCGGAGCUAGAAGGCUGGGGCGGAGCUAGAAGUUGAUAAGCUUUAAAGUCACGUUUUAUUCCUUGGACAGAGCCAUCCUUUCCUUCCCCAAGUCCCACAGCUGGGGAAAUGUGCAUUAGAGAACCUAGAACAGUCUCCCUGAUUUUUGAUCUUAAAUUUGAGCUUCAGUGUGUGUAGUGUCCUUUCACCCCUUUUACUUUAUUUCCCCAUAGGAUUCCACACCUGUAUUCCUCCUGCUAGGACUGCUGUUGUGUCCUCACAGAACUGACUCUUAAGCCUCCCUGGAAUACAGAAUCAUGACUUGUCACAAAUCUGAGGAGCAUUCUGCUUUCCCGGAUUGUCCUCAAAGCCCAGGGUGCUGUUGAAUGUCCCACAUUUUAGUGAGAGUACAAAUGGCAUUUAUACUGCCUCCUCAAAACCCUCUCUGGAAAAUUCAGGAUCAUUUCUGCUAUUAACUCUGUACAAAAGAAGCUAAAAUGAGGCUUUUGGAAGAAUCAGUCACAUAAUGGGAAAGAAUACGUUUGUUUUAACACCAAGAUAUUUACAAAAAUAAGUCAUGGUAGUUAGGGGCUGUGUGGCAAACAUUUGCUUUUCCCUCUCCUCUAAUUUGCUGCCUCUUGCACAUGAUAACUUCAAAGAAGAAAACGAGGAGGUCACGUUCCAAGUGAGAGGUAAUCAUGUGGGCUUGUUUGAAGGAAAGCCAAGUGAGAUCCAUCCUUUUCAAAACUAACCCCGAGGGUGGCAAAUGGCACCUACGGCCGGUGAUGAGUACUGAGCAAGAGGCCUUGGCCUGGGUAUCACUUAGAGGGUUCCCACACUAAACCCAACCUCUGAGUCCUUAGACUUACAGAUGCUAAGAAGCCAGUGUCUCUUAACUCAAAGGCCUGAUCUUUCCCUGGACUAAGUCAGGGCAGCCGCCCUGGGCAGUUGUCUUGGCAAUUCUUUUGUUUUCCUCAUUUUGGAAAGGACCAGACUGGUCCUCAGAUGUCAAUACUUGAAAGCAAACAGCCAUGCAUCUGUCCUUGCACCUGAACCGGUGCAAAUGCUGUGCACAAGAGAAGCUCCCAGAGCAUGACCUUCACUCGGCCAAACCUCGGUGCUCUGGGGGAACAGGUCCACCACCCCAAUGCUGCAGGUUUAGAUACUUCUGGUUCCAGUGCUGUGGAGUUAGGCAAGCCCCCAUGGGUCUGUCUUCCUGUCAGUAAGACCUGCAUGCGACUCAAGGGAUGAGGACCUCACCAGGCAUGGAGAGGGAUGGUGACUGCUCUGUCCUCAGCACUAGUGACUAUCUCUUACCAUGCUCUGGGUUUUCUCCUCCCUGCCUCAAAGGAUACUUGAGAAGACUUAAUAUUUAGCUGUCUGGUGGAAGCAUUGAGAUCUAUCCAUUUCAGCAAAAACUGUCAAAUCAAUUCACACUUAUUUUCUGGGCAGAGAAAAAAAAUUACACCUUGUUUACAAAUGAAAUAGUUUCAUUUAAAUGGGACUUUAGCCAAGGCAGUUAAUUAGUCAAAAGAUCCAGGGUCGUCACGCAGUCUCAUGGUGUUUAUUCCGUUUGGUAUGUCUACCGCUGAUAUGUAUUUAAUAUUCUGCAUCUUCUCAGGAAAUGACAAAUGCCCUGAAUUCUUUGCAAAUAGAAUUGCUAAUGAAAAAGAAAAAGAAAGUUGGUGUUAAUUAAAUGAUGAUUAAAAAUUUAUCUCCCUUAAAACUAAAAAGUGCGGCUUUAGUAAUUGCUUGUCAUAUAAAUAAAUACCUUGCACUGAACUCCCUUGUGGUUUAAGACCUAAAUAAAUACCGAUUCAAGAACCUGAAAUCUUUCAGAGAAGUUGAAGGUGCCCGGUAGCAUGAUGCACAUUCCUGUACUGUUUCUGUGUGAGGAACUAUUGUAUGUGAAUCCUUCAGCAAAGGAUAGAAGCUAUUUCAACAUGGAGCUGUUUAUCACUAACCUUGGCUAUAGUAGACUUACCCGGACCUCAAGAGAUAGGAUUUAAACAGGAGGACGCCAAAUUUAUCAGUUCAUAUUUAAUAGUAAUUCAAGCUCUAAAGAAAAGAGCCCUAGCGCUGGAGAGGUGGCUCAGUGGUUAAGAGCACAGACUGGGGCUGGAGAGAUGGCUCAGUGGUUAAGAGCACUGGCUGCUUUUCCAGAGGUCCUGAGUUCAAAUCCCAGCAACCACAUGGUGGCUCCCAACCAUCUGUAACUUUAGUUCUAGGGGAUUUGACACCUCACACAGAUAUACAUGCAGGCAAAGCAUCAAUGCACACAAAAAUAAAUAACUCUUUUUAAAAAAGGAAGAAAGAAAAACAGACAGAAAAGAGACCUUCCUUCCAAAGGCCUUGUCCUCUUGCACGUCAGUCAAAACUUGUCUUGUCUGUGCCUCCCUCUUCCUUUGGAUAAAUGGGGUGAAAAGUAUUCAUUGAGAGUUCCGGUAUCUCUACUUGAAAAGUUUUUCCAAUGCAGAGUUGCCCUUUUCCGGUCAGCCAUUUUCCUACGUACUGUGUUCAUCUCUAAUUGUCUCUGCUGAGGUCGGCUUGAUACAGAUCAGAGAUGACUAAAUGCACUUCUGUUAAUACAGUUGCUCAUGUACACAUGUAUAUAUUAUACAUGCUUGGUUUCUACAAUCCACACUUAAGUGUAUUAUCCAAACAAACCUGUACAUAUUGUAAAGUUUAACGUUAAAAAUUAAAUGGGGGUGAUGUUGUGAACACACGGGAAAGCCAUUCUGAUUAUUUUGAUAGGAGGGUAUUUAUGUAGAGAAGGCAUUCUAUUUUUUUAAAUAUCAGCUCUAGGAAGGGUGACAGGGCUCAGGGGGAUUUGAGCACUGAUGUACUUUGUCCCCUUAAGGAUCAAAAUCAUGGAGAGAAGAGUGCAAUCUAUGCUGCUUACGUUCACUUUUGACUAUGAUGCCGGUGUACAUGUGUAAACCCAUCAAAAGACAUAGACUUUCUAGUUCUUUUCUCUUUUGGCUCAUUCUGUGCCUAGAAGUGCUAUCAGCAUAGAAGAAGUUCACAGUACCUGCUUGGAAGGGCCUUAGAUUAAAUGGAUUUUGUAGAUCGAUACUAAGAUUUGGGGAAAGGGGACAAGAGAGGGUAACAAGGGACAGUAGUCUGUCUAAGAUGAAGUCAGAAAGCACUGGAGCUGGGGCCGGAACCCAAGACUCAGUUCUGAUUCCUAGCUGAGUAUGAUUUGCUAGGCUGACAUACGUCUGGGUUUCUUCUGGGAAGACACCCUUCACAUGUUCCUCUGGAGUAGGAGUCAGAGAAAGUCACAGGACUGGCCUGGCUCUCCUUGCUUCCUGCUCUUUGCAGAUCCAGGCAUGACUCUUUGAAUUUUGUUUUUCUUUAAGCUCCUUUGCAAUCCUCACUCUCUCAGGAUCCCGAGGCACAGGGGACGUUUCUUCAGGGGUCCUCUAGAUAAGAUCCACAGGGGACAUCAUUUAAAGUUUCAAACCAAAGAUGAAAGAAGGCUGGCAGCCACCAGUGACUACACGGUGCUGUUGACCAUGUGACACCAAUCUGCCCGUAGGGACUGGACACAGUAACACUUUCCCUAAUGUCCGAUUUGGGGCUAAGGGCAUUGAAAUGGACCUGGAAGUAGAGCCUCUUCCUGUAAGCAGUCCCUGGUUUGAAAAUCGAAUUCCAUCAUACAAAAGAUAAGCAACGACUGUGAAACGAAAACAGAUUAAAUGUUGAAAAUUAGAAACAGAUAGUAAUCCUAUUGUAAGGAGACCAAAAAAUUAAUUGAUACUGUAAUCAAACACUCAAGUCCUCCCUUGAGUUUUAAGGAACUUUGGAAAAACACAGUUGGUGUCGCUGGAAAUAGCCUUGAAUUUUUUGAGCCUUCUGAGAUGGUGAGGUGGAGCACAGGAGCAGCUAAACAAAGGGGGAUAACCUCAUCCCUCCUUAUUUUUUGCACGAGUAAUCUUGGGUCUGGCUCCAACCAGCCCUGCAUGGCUUACCAAAGCAUGUCUCAAAUGCUUCAAAAGGGUUGAAUUAGUCCUUCGAGGAUGGGAAAAUAGACUGUGAUGUAAAAGAAAAAGGGAAAGGAGGAGGUUGGGUCAUUUAUGACUUGUAAAAUCUUUUAAUAGUUCAGGGUGUGGAUGUGUCAGGGGAGAGAGUAGGGGACAGCUUUGUAAAGUCCCAAGUGCCUACUGCUAUACGUGGCAAAAGGAAGCGUCAGGUUUGCUAGUGAAAACAGAGGGCAGGAAGGUACAGAAGAGAAGGGAACCUGGUGUGUGUCUGGGAGGACGGAGCGAUGUAGAUGGUGUGGAAGAUGCUCACACGCGGUGUGUGCCAGUCUGCACAUGAGGCUGUUGCAGUUUCUGCUUGUCACAAGUGUGUACCGUGAUCAGCGUCUGAACAUUGAAAUACACAACUCUGUCUAUGCUGAAGAGAGCUUAGAAUUUAAGUGUGAUUGCCCCCGUUUUGAAGAUAAGGAAACUGAGGCGAAUACUGCUCUAAGCCUCACCAGCAACAAGGCCUAACUGAUAAAUACUCGUGUCAGAUGUACCCUAGUAAUGUCUGCUUUCCUCCAGAGAGGUCAGACUGGAAGCAGAAAGGGAUUUACUAGUUUGGGGUCCCCAGGAUUUUCCCUAAGUGUCCUAUGAAAGUGGCCUGGUUUGGGGUGUAUCAAGAAUUCCUGGGGACCCCAUGUCUGUUCACAGUCCCUUCCCAGACUAGAACACUGCUCACGUCUCUCCCUUCCCUGUGCUUGCACUCAGCAUUAACUUUUCCUUUAUUUCCUGUUUUUUCUCUUUUUCUUUGAAAACUUACCUUCUCUAAUUAGCAUGUGCCUAAUCUUAAGUAUCUCUUUCCCAAUCUCCUUUCUUCUUUAACAGUUGGCAUCAGGGCUAGUACCAUUAAUGUAUGUAUAUAGAAUGCGUUCAUAGGUGUGUGGACCCAGUCACACACAUGCAUAUGCACACACUGCCUUGUGGUCCUCAAUCAAAACUGUCGUAAACACCAUGACCCCUUUCUAAACGGGAUGCUAUUUGCAAAUUCACUGAUCCUGCCGUUCAUCUGCAUUGGCUUGUUUCUGCCAGGCAGACAGAAUGAGGUUCAGAGAUAGGGCAGGGAAUGGGGAAUAGUUUUGCAUAAAUGAUUGAGUGCUUUAGUGUCAGGGUGAUUGAGGGCCAGCUAUUAAAAUGCUGUUGUUGUCGUUGUUGUUGUUUCAUUUGUUAAAUUGCCUUAGAGAUGCACUCCUGGUCAUUAGUAUCAGGAUAAUUGUUGAUGCACCAACAUUUGUUAACUUUAUCCCAAGGAAGAGUGUUGAACUGGGAUGCUUCCACAGCACUUUAUAGAAUUGGAGGGUGGCACGGUGUCGAACACGCCACACAGACGAUGCUCCAGAGCACACGAGUGUCAUCUGUGCAUCCCCUCCCUCCCAUGUUCUAAACCACACUUCUUUUCUGGCAUUUAUGUUUACAGUGAGGUGGAACACACUAAGCCCAUUUUAUAGAUGAGAAGACUGAGCUCAGAUCACAGGAAGGUUGUUUGGGGAGGCUCUGGAAUUACAUUUUCAUAGAAAACUCAGUCAUGAUUCUAAAUGCUUCUGAGGAGUCUUCAAACAGUAUAAGCACCUUUAGCUUGAUUUCUGAGAAUAAUUCUCUGGGUAUUGUCACCCUUUGAGUUGAUAGUCAAAGGCCUCUUAACGUAGAGGUUACUAGGGCUAGGGAUACAGCUCAACUAGUUGUGUGUUUGCACAGCACAUAUGAUCUGGGUUGCCUCCCGAGUGCUGCAAGCAGAAGCCAGGUGUGGUGGCACAUGCCUGUGAUUCCGGCACCCAGGAGGCAGAGGCAGGAGGAUCAUGAGUUCAAGGUUAUACCCAGACUACAUUGUGAGUUGGAGGCCAACUUGAACUACAAGAGACUCAGUCUUAAAAACUAAAACCAAACCACACAGGUCAUUAUUAUUUAAUAGCUACUCUGAGACCAUGUGUUUCUGUAAGAGAUGAGGAGACUGUCCCAGGGAUGCUGAACUAUGCAGAAAGUGGAGUGCCUCAAUCAACAGGGCCAAGAGCUUCACGUCUUUCGAGCUGUAUUUCAAAGCACACAAUUCUCCUGUGAACCAGAACCAAACUAUUUAAAACGGACUCCUUCCCCAGAUUAGCUUCACAAGCAAGGCAUUCGCAGAGUUCAGGAAGAAGCAAGACAGAAGCUAUCACCACUCACCAAUUCCUCUUAGAUCUCAUAUCAGCAGAAUGAUGACUCUGCAUUUUCACAGUGCUGCAUCAUUGCUCAUCUCCCGUAGCCCUGGGUCAUGGCUUCUUCUGCUUAAUUCUCUUCCACACCUUUGGGAAGGUUUUAAAGUGAACCCUCCGAAGGAUAUUAGCAUAACACCUAGCCAAUACCACAGAUGCCUUUUAAAUUAAUAAGGUUAAUUGUUCUCCAGCUGACAGAAGUUUGUCUUUGGCAUUUUCAAUAUUUCUCAUUGAUCUGACAUUUUUCUGUUUCAAGCUUUUAAAGGGCUCAAAUCAAAGGCUAUUGAUAACUGAGCGAAGCUAAGGUUCAGAAAUGUACAAAUACAUUGUUUGGUUGUUUUUUCAUGAGAAACAAUUACAGACUUUGAAUUCAUUGAAGGUUUUUUACAUUAGCCAUGUGUGAUAUAUUGAAUUGUUUCUCUUCCCAGUCAGGCUAAUUUGAACGAACAAACAGUAUUGACUUUUAAAACCUAUUUUCCUUUUUAAAGUAUCUUAAAUGUAUUAAGUCUGUAGACAGAGCUCUGGGGAUGCAGCCAUUAGGGAAGUGCUCCACGUCGGAACAGAAGAAUCAGACAGGGUUUUGUGGCUCAUCUGAGCAAUUGUCUUUGAAAUUGUGAUGGAUUUGGAAAGCUCAAACUGACAACUCUAACAUUCACAUUAGCCUGACUUUUUCCAUUGGUUAGGAUGUAAAUGAACAAAAAUUUUCUAAAGACUUUAAGUCAGGGAUAUGUAGGAAACAUGGUUGUUGUAAAACACAAAUAUUCACAAAAAUAAAUGUGGCUCAGAUGCUUUCCAAGCCUGAGGGUCCCCAAAGAUGUUUUUAUGGUUGUCUUCAAAGUGCGACUGUUAAUCUUGUUCAUUCCCCCCAUAAGACAUAGGUAAGAGCAUAGCCUUGCCAAAUUAAUUGGUAGAACUCAUCAUAGUUUAUAUGGCACUGGAAUGUCUGUGUAUGUGUACUUAUAUAUUUUGAGCUGAAUAUCAGACAGAAUUAGGUGAGUUAAUUGGUGGCUUGAAUAAGAAAUAGGUAUUAAAGUCAUAAAUAGUGUUCUCCUCAGACAGUAAGAGAAGGUAAACUAUUCAUUUUCUAGUCGUGCUGUAAGACUUGCAUAAUGUACAAGCUACCCAUUGCCCACAGGAGAGUUAUCGAAUUAGACAGCUUAUCCAUAAAGCCUUUCCAUAUGAGUCCAUCUUUAACCCAGUAUGAAUGAGAUUGAACUCAUGCAGAAGGUUCCCAUCCACAGCUACAUUAAACAGCGUCUAAAACUCACAUCAGGACUGGCUUGAUGUCGUGUACGGUGGAUCCAAGGAUAGCUGUGUGCUCUGUCAGUGGUCCGCAUCUGGGAGUAGAUAUUCACCUCCACAUCACAGCAGUUUAUACUGUCAUGUCUGAUCAGCUGCAUGAGGAAGUGCUGAUGACCGUAUUAACUAUUUCCAAGCAUAGCUACAAAACUACACGUUUGCUUAACACCUUUCGAUGAUAGAGGAAGUAUAUACUAUGGUUGUCUUCUUGUAGUAUGUCUUUUUUAAUUUUGUUCAAUGUGAUAUCAACUGUUUUAAGGAAUGGGAUUUGACAUGUGUGUGCAAAUUGAUAUGUACAUAAUUCCCGAGGCAAUGCAAGUGCCCACCAUACAGUGUAAAAAUGUAAAUAGAGGAAAUUUCAUUUUUCUAAUAAAGAUAAUUUCUGCCAAUUGAUAUGAAAA